AUGGUCGUGCUCUGCGACGGCUGCUCGGGUGAGUUCUCGAUGGCGCAUCUCGACAUGCGGGUAGUACCGUCUGGACUAUGGUUCUGCGUGCACUGCAACGCCGCCCACCACGCCAACGCGAUAGACAGUGACGACAUGGACGACGACGCGGCCAAGUCUCGGCCACGCAAGGCGCCAAAGCCAGAACUAAAGGCGGACGAGAUCAUCGAUCUUGCACUGGACGACGACAGCGACUGUGCGACGAAGACGACCAAGACAUCGCGGAAGCGCAAGCGUGAUGCGUCUCCAUCGAGCGGCGACGGGCCAAAAAGGACAUGGGCCGCACCGCGCCGCCGCACCCGACCAACUCCAAGUCUGGGAAGCGUGUUCCGAAAGAGAGCAAGGCGUCGCCCAAGCCCAAAAAAUCCCGCAAGGGAAGUGGCAGUCGAGGAAGCACGCCCAGAGCAUCGCCUCACGUCAGCGAGGAUGAAGAUGAGAAGGAGACAGCCGCCGAUCCGUCGCUGGACAGCGUGA